AUGGGUAAACCUGGGAAAAAGGCCGGAAAUGGGGUUCUUCCUCCCACAAAUGUUAACCGUCGUGUUGAUCCCACGAAAACUAGUCUUCGUGAUCAACGGACCAUCAAGCGAUUAAAGAUGUAUACAUCUAGAAUUGUUCGUGAUGAGAAGGGUCACAUCAUAAAGGGAAGCGUUUUGAAAGCCUCAGAUCGUGUUGAACAACAAAUGGCACGAGUGGCACCUGAUCGUCGAUGGUUUGGUAAUACCAGAGUUAUUGGUCAAGAAGCUCUGCAGAAUUUUCGAAAAGAGAUGGGCGCCAAAUAUAGAGAUCCGUACAGUAUUAUUAUCAAACAAUCGAAGCUUCCAUUGAGUCUUCUUGAAACAAGUACGAAAGAAGAUGGUAGUAUUCGUCAGGAAAUGGAAUGGGAUAAAACCUUUGGUGAAAAAGCCAAUCGAAAACGAGUUCGCCUUGAAUCUGUUGAUAUGGAAAACUUUGCCAAAAGGGCAGUGGAAAAGAGUGAUGAAUAUAUUACAGAAAAAAAAGAUGGUGAUCGUAAUCUUGUUAAGAACGAUGAAACUCUUCGUGAUGAUCGUUCAAAAAAUCGAAUAUUAUUUAAAAAGGGUCAAUCUAAUCGUAUCUGGAAUGAACUUUACAAAGUUAUUGACAGCUCUGAUGUUGUUUUGUACGUAUUGGACGCUAGAGAUCCCCUGGGUACUCGUAGCUCUUUCAUUGAAGAAUAUAUGCGCAAAGAAAAAAAAUACAAACAUUUCGUUUUUGUAUUGAAUAAAUGCGACCUUAUUCCUUUAUGGGCAACUGCACGAUGGCUUCAGGUAUUAAGUAAGGAUUAUCCAACUAUAGCAUUUCAUGCAAGUGUUAACCACCCGUUUGGAAAGGGUAGCGUGAUUUCACUUCUUCGACAGUUUGCAAAGCUACAAAACGUUACCCAUCGAGGUAGUAAACGCACGAAAACACCUAUUUCUGUUGGUGUGAUUGGUUAUCCCAACGUCGGUAAAAGUUCAUUGAUAAAUACACUGCGACGAAAAUCAGUUUGCAAAGUUGCACCCAUUCCAGGAGAAACAAAAGUAUGGCAGUAUGUCGCUCUUACGAGAACUAUUUUUCUUAUCGACUGUCCAGGUGUAGUUUAUGACCGUGAAACAAACAAUGAUGUUCAAGCUGUUUUAAAGGGUGUCGUUCGUGUAGAACGUUUGGGAAAUGCUGAUAAAACAGAAGUGGUUAACACUGUUCUUGAAAUUGUUAAACCUCAAGAUCUUGUUGCUACCUAUGGUGUUUCUGAGUGGAAAGAUGUGAAUGACUUUCUUGAAAAACUGGCAAAGCUUCGGGGUAAACUUGUAACAGGAGGAGAACCUGAUACCGAGGCCGCGGCCCGUAUGGUUCUUUAUGACUGGCAACGAGGACGAAUCCCUUGGUUUAGUGCACCACCUUUUGACUCUAACAAGCACUACCGUGAUGCGCUGGAUUUGCCAGAAACAAAACAUAUGAAGUUAAUAGAGCAUUAUAGCUCCUUUAAUAUUGUGGAUGGUACCAUGGAUCGUGAUGAUGAAGCGGAAGAGGAAGAUGAAGAAGUGAAUAGUGUGGUGCAAGACGAUGAACCUUCAGUAAAUAAACAACGUGAUAAAAGUAAAAAAAAGUUAUUAGCUAAAAAACCUAACCUCAAUGCGACUGUUGCUACAUUUUCUGCAGAACAAACCGCUAUAAAGAAAAAGGAACAACGGAAGAAAAAUAAAAAUGAAUCUACAACAAUCAUCCCUCAAUCUACUGAUGAGUCUAAUGAUGAUGAUUUAUGGGAACGUUUUCUUGCAGCAGCAAAGAAAUGA